CUGGUCCGAGGCGGAAACGGAAACAUAUUGAGGGAGGCGAAGGGGCUGGUGUCGCGUGUGGUGGUUGCGUUUACUUGGCCUCAUGGCGGUCCGAGCGUCGUUCGAGAACAACUGUGAGAUCGGCUGCUUUGCCAAACUCACCAACACCUACUGCCUGGUGGCCAUUGGAGGAUCAGAGAACUUCUACAGUGUGUUCGAGGGCGAGCUCGCCGAUACCAUCCCCGUGGUGCACGCGUCCAUCGCCGGCUGCCGCAUCAUCGGGCGCAUGUGUGUGGGGAACAGGCAUGGCCUCUUGGUGCCCAACAACACCACCGACCAGGAGCUGCAACACAUUCGCAACUGCCUCCCAGAUUCAGUGCAGAUCCGGCGGGUGGAGGAGCGGCUAUCAGCCCUGGGCAACGUCACCACCUGCAAUGACUAUGUGGCCUUGGUCCAUCCGGACCUGGACAGGGAGACAGAAGAAAUCUUGGCUGACGUGCUCAAGGUGGAAGUCUUCAGACAGACAGUGGCUGACCAGGUGCUAGUAGGAAGCUACUGUGUCUUCAGCAAUCAGGGAGGGCUGGUGCAUCCCAAGACUUCAAUUGAAGACCAAGAUGAGCUGUCCUCUCUUCUUCAGGUCCCCCUUGUGGCGGGCACUGUGAACCGAGGCAGUGAAGUGAUUGCUGCUGGGAUGGUGGUGAAUGACUGGUGUGCCUUCUGUGGCCUGGACACAACUAGCACAGAGCUGUCAGUGGUGGAGAGUGUCUUCAAGCUGAAUGAAGCACAGCCUAGCACCAUUGCCACCAGCAUGCGGGAUUCCCUCAUUGACAGCCUCACCUGAGUCACCUUCCAUGCUGUUCCGUGGGCUCCUAGUUCUGGACUUUGGCUCCUUCUGCACACCCCACCCAGUCUACUGGCUGCUGGCAGGAAGGUGGUAGAGAGCUCACGGACCAAGGGGCUGGGUGCCUAGCCCUUCUUUACCUGUGCCCACCUCCUGAAUCUAUUGUUACUGCAGAACCUCCAUGCUGUGCUGUCAGUCCCUGGCUGAGGGUCCUGCCACACCAUUAAAGGGCAGCUGUGUCUGGCCACUCUAAA